AUGUCUUCGGCCGAACAUCUCUCAAACUCGCAGCUACGCGCUCUGAGCAUCAUUGAGCGGACAUGCUCUGUCUUCUCAUUGCUCGGCUCACUCUUCAUUAUCGCCACAUUCUUGUCAUCCAAGGCCUUUCAUAAACCCAUCAACCGACUGGUAUUUUAUGCUUCUUUUGGCAACAUGAUGACCAAUGUCGGUACAUUGAUGUCAAGGUCAUAUAUAGGCUCACCAAAUUCUGUGGGCUGCCAAUUCCAGGCAUUCCUCAUCCAGAUGUUCAUGCCUGCCGAUGCCUUCUGGACCCUAUCCAUGGCCAUCAAUGUGUACCUGACAUUUUAUUUCAAGUUCGAUGCUCGAAGAUUACGAAAGAUGGAGAUUCCUUAUCUCAUCGGAUGUUAUGGUAUCCCUUUCGUCCCCGCCUUCGUAUACAUCUUCAUCAAGAACAAGGAGGGACACCGAAUGUAUGGUAAUGCCACACUGUGGUGCUGGGUGAGCAUGGAAUGGGAUAUCUGGCGCAUCAUAACCUUCUACGGACCUGUCUGGGUUGUCAUUGCCAUUACCUUUUUUAUCUACAUCCGUGCUGGUAGCACCAUCUAUCGCAAGCGACAGGAGCUUGAUGAUUUUAGUUCCACUGAUCGAGAUCUGACUUAUGGGGCUGGAGAUCAUCUGGGAACAAUUAAGACCACAGAGGUUUCAGUCACCACGGAGGUCGUUACUCCGAAUGCGAUUCAUCUUCAGCCCAUGGGGGGCCGCCGAGCACCCGACCCUAGUGACCCCAGCUCCAACGCAUACUCAGUUCAUAUCUCGGCCCAACCUAGCUCUGGGGACGUUGGGGAUGAAGUUCUUCCCAUUGAAAGACAACAAACACGGGCGAGUGUUCAAGUUCCUGCACAGCAGCAGCAGCGAUCAGGAGGCAACCCUGCUCGAAGGAGGAAUAGAGAACUCAGCAAUGCAGCAUGGCAAUACACAAAGUGUGCCCUGCUGUUCUUCACAGCCAUCUUGAUCACAUGGGUCCCAUCAAGCGCCAACCGUGUGUACUCAGUCUUCCACACCAAAAACUCAUCUGUACCGCUUGAGUUCAUGAGUGCUUUUGUGCUUCCUCUCCAAGGCUUUUGGAAUGCCCUCAUCUACAUGGUUACAUCUUGGAGUGCGUGCAAGAACUUGGCUACCGACCUACGUAUGGGUCGAAGGCCAGAUGUGACAGAACUCGUUGGCGGAAUGGCACCAGAGGUCGGGGCCAAUAACGCAAGAACAAUGACCAGCCACCAUCGACACAACCUCGGUCAGUUCCGACGAUCGAAUAAGUUCGAAACGGAAAGCAUGACUGAACUGGCCAACGAGAGCCGGCCGACCUCAGACGAUGAGCGAAGAGACAACGUGCGUGUAUAACAAUUCUAAGGGUCUGCUUGGAAACGAUGCCGCAGAUACCCUUUUUCUUUUGUUACUGUAUAUAAUGAAGACACGACUUUGAUGGUCAAGGCGUGCUCCAGACAGCUAGGGGGAGUUUGUUGGGAGACAUUUGUUGGUUUAACCAGCGUCAAAAGGUGGAGGAUAAUGGAUACCCCAGUAUUAUUACAAAUAGUAUUUAAAUGCUGAUCAAGGUCUGAGAGCCAUUUACGUGCUUUUACCAC